AUGCGAGUUUACAGCGUCUUCCUCCUCGCUGCUUUCGCCUUCCUUGCCGGAAGCAGAGCUCUACCAGCAGCCGCGGUUGGUGAUGCCGCAGAGGCUUCAACCUUCACGUUUACUGAACGUCCGCACGGUCGCUCGCUUACAAGUGAGAAGAACGGCGGCGACUACAAGCGAACCCUGAGGAAGCACGAGAAGAGCACGGUGACCGAGGGAGAUGAUAACUCGGAAGAGAGGUCAAUGUGGGAUACGCUCGUGAAGAAAGCACAGUUGCAGUAUUGGUUCCAGAAGGGGAAGAAGCCGGCAUGGGUCCGCGCAAAAUUGGGAAUUCCGUCGUCAGGAGCCAAUCUGGAGAGUCACAAGUACACAAACUCCUGCAGGCCUACGCCAAGGACUACAAUGGUUACAAGCACUUCCGAUUCAUUGGCAACUAAAACCAUCACUUUGGACGCGACUAGGGCGACAGUAAAUUGCAUGAAUCGCCGGUAA